GCUGUUACUAGGAGGCGCUGUUGGAGCCCGGAAGAGUUGAGAUGGUCAAACCGAGACGGAAUGUGAGAUUCGUUGCUAAAACCGCUAUCAUGCGAGUCUCUGCAACUUUAGCCAGCGGCUAACACUCACCGUGAGGAGAAAGGAAGGAAGACAGGCUAGUUAUUUUUCUCCUUUGUGCAGCUGGGUGACGAGACUACAUGGUGUGUUUUUCCUGCCCGGAGUGUGGAUGCAUGGGUGUCCAGAGAUGGAAAGCUAUGAGGAGUUCUGCCUGCGGAGUCUGGCUUUACUGCACGAGGAGGGGAAAUUCAAGAAGAAGACGUGUGAGCCACUAUGUUCCCUAAAGACUCUUUCUGUCAUCGACUUUCAUGGAAGAGCUGUGCUUUCACCUCUGCUGAGUACAGAGCAGCGCACCGAGAUGUGUGGCUACAGAUUGAAGGCAGUCCAGUUGGAGCUUGACAGACACAACCGGGAGAGAACGAAGCUUUUGACCCGAGUUCAGGGCAUACUGGAUCAAACUCAGGUGCAAGUUCCAAGUACAGAGGAUGACAAGCUUCCAGUUUCUAAACCUGCAACAGUCAGUGGUUACACCUUGGUGACUGAUUCACCUGGACUUCCUAGAAACCCUGGAUUUGGACCUCAGGUAAAAGAGUCUGUGGUGUCAGGCUCUGAGACCCCAGUCCUCAAUGGUUACAGAACAGAGGAGGAAGUAACAGUGGAGAAGCAAGAGAAGAGUGAGGAGGAAGAGGAGGAGGAUGAGGACAUUAGUUUGGACAGCCUUCUUAAACGAUCAAGGGAAUAUGUGAAGCGAGAGCAGAGUCAGCAGGCAGUUGUCCACAGUAUCACCCAAACCCCACCUGAGACCACCAAAGAGGAAAAGAGCUGUAGCACCAUGAGGGACAUGGGUGUUGAAUUUGGAUUCAGUCUUCACCAUAGCCCACUUGGCCAUCCACCGAUCCAGUAUCAAGCUUCGUAUGAGCCCAAUCCACAGAAGUCUGUUUCCCUCUCAGCAAGUAAACCAGAACGGUAUGCAUGUCUUCCCACUCUGGAGUCCAGCAUUAGUCCGCAUCAGCUUAGACGUAAACCACGGCCGGUUUCCACCGGAAACAUCCAUAUUUCAUUUCCCAUUGGCCCAGCAGACCUUAUCCCUCGAAGCCCAGGAAGGUCAGGGGAAGGUGCUGGCAUGGCAGAUUGGGGAGAGGCUUUGUCAGCGGGUUCAUCAUCCACUAGUCUCUGGGUCUCCGAGGGGAGAGAUGCAGCUAUCAGGAGUGGCAACCAUCAGUCCAGUUACUGUGGUACCAGUCCAGUACAGGAGCACGAAAACCUUGUUAGUGCCUCACUGCCCAGCUCAAUGGCACACCCAGAUCAUAUGACUGCAGGAUUUCGACGACGCUGUCACACGCUGGACAGCCAGCUUAAUACCUACCAGUCUAUAAUGGAGCAUUUAGAUCGCAGCCAGGAGAGGGUCCCUCGCUUCAUGGCAGGUGUUACAUGGUUGGGUCCAAGUCGGCGGGCCCCCACAUCCCCAUUAACCCAGUCUUAUGAGGUAGAGAAUCACUCAACAUCUCUUCUGAGGGCCCGUUUGAAUCCUGACUCAGUCACGCUCAGGAUGGAGACUGAGGACCCUCGGGGGCCAAGCAAUGGCAGGAGAACACCAACAGUCCUCAGAGGGACAGUCGAGACCAUCAAGACAGAGGAGGCACAGUGGCGAGCACAAGCUCUGGAGGACAAGCAAAGGCACCUAGAAGAGGAGCAUGCCUUGCAGAUAUCGUUGCUCCUGGCUGAGCAGGAAAAAGAGCAACAGCGCCUCUGUCUGCUUGAGGAGACAGAGAGAAGACUGAAGGAGCAGGGAGGUGGACGGGGAGAUUCUUGUGGUUGGAACUGUAGGUCUGUGAAUGGUAGCUGCCCAGUCAUGAGCCCAUCCUGCCCAGGACUGAGUCCUAUCCACACACCAUCUGAGCGAUCGCCUGGACACAACAUGGUUUUUCCCAGUCCUGUCCCCUCUAGUGUGACCUCUCCCUCUGUCCAGCCUCCUGUUUAUGUAUGGGGCUCCACUUGGGGGGCUAACAAACCUCGAGCAAGGCUUAGCUUGGUUUUGACUGCAGAGCAUCAGAAAGCAUUUUGUCGAAUUGGCGCCAUCAUUCGCGGCUUCCUUAUACGUAGACUUCUAAGAACAGAGAAGGUCAAACACCUGCGUCAAACUGUCGUGGAUACACAGGAGUUCAUCCGCUCAUUUCAAACUGAAGCUGCACAGAAGAAAAGCACCUACUCAGCACAAGAUCUCUCCCUACAGGAGAGAGUCAGGGCCCAGUUACGUGCAGCUCUGUAUGACAUCCAUGAUAUCUUCUUUGAAAUGCCUUUGGAGGACCGCUUAGUACUGCUGCAGCAGGACAGGGAGCUGCGUACAGAGAGGAAGCUACGAGACCUGGAAAAAGCCAAAAGCCCCAAAGACAGAGUGUCUCUCUCGGCUGCCACACAGAGGUCUCUGGACAGGAAGAAGAGGGUUGGUGACUCCCCAGCGCAGGUCAGAAAGAUGCAGCACAAGCCAAAGAGCCCCACCACCAACAGAGUUCAGAAGUCAAAUCAAGGCCAAAAUUCCCCGACUCCAGGCCAGCUGAACCGCCAGGGGAGCUGGUACAGAAAGACUCCAGAGGAGAGACUAAAGCGCUCUGACAGCCUGAAGAAGCAACACUCUCUGGGUUAACACGUGAAACAUCUCCUGAACUGUGAACUUGAAUAUUUAGUCUAUUAUCCUAAACCUUUCACCACUUACACUCUCGUGAGAGCUGCUAACUAUAUGAUUGUGUUCAAGGUACUCAAAUUCAAAUGAUUGUAUUCACCACCAUGCUUUAGUCCACUGAUGUACACCAUCACAGUGCUGCUGUUUUGACUGUUGCCACCUGCUGAAAUUAUUCUGUUAAAAACUAAUUGUUUUGCCAAGACUUGCCAUGUGACCUGAGCACUCGGUAGCUAGGCAAGUGUUUUGAAGAAAGUAGGAGUAACUGUGCUAAAGAAAGUAGCCGUAGAAGCCAGUAGGUCAGAGCUAAAUGGAGACCUGUGCCUGAGAACUAUGCCUUUGCUGUCUCUAAUAUUAAGCAUGCUCAUAUUUAUCAGCUGUAUUCAUUAACAUGAAGUGCUUAUAGUGGUUAAUAAAUUGCAAAUAUCAGUUUCAUGUUGUCACAGUUGUCAUUAAAAUAGAGUAUUAAAGUGUGAAGAGUUUAUAUAUUUUUGUUGAAGGACUUUGAGUACCUUUGUGAGCUUCUUGAGUUCUUGGUGCUAAGUUUAAAAUAUUUUGAGACAUUUCAUUCAGUGUGUUUCACCAUUUUGCUUAUAACCUAUGGCAAAUGGGGAAAAAAAAUUAAAUACUGUAUAUUUGUUUACACUUUUCAGUGCUGUUACAUGAUGAGAUGCACAGCAGAUAUUCAGUGUAAGUUUCUUUAAAAACAUACUGAGUAAAGGUAAAGAAUAAAGUAAUAGAGUGAUGGUAAAGAAAAUAUUAUCUAAGUACAUAUUGUUGGAUUGCUACAGUCACUUGUUCACUGCAGUGCCACACUGAUGUAAUACUUCACUGUGUUGUUUUCCUCUGACAAUGCUGUCUUUUAACAAAAUGCUUAUUUAUUUCAAAUGCCACCUUGUUGUGUUUUAUAUUGUCAGAAUAAAUUCAGAAUUUGUUCACAUUUA